ACCGGGCUGGUGCGGAGCGCACAUCCCCAACGUGGGUCUGUUUACCCCGGUGUGUGUGUGCGUGUUCCGGGACAGAGGCACUGCGGGUUGUUACGGUUCGAUUUCCCCGUGGCUCGCCGCCCAGCAGAUGCUCUCUGUCCGCUCGCUCCGGGGAAUCUCACCGCACCACCCGGGUUAGCAAGAUGCUAACAGAGCUAACCCGCCGUUAUAAAGCGCGUUAGCAUCAGUGUCGGUGAACAUGCUGCCCCCCCUAACUAGAGUUAACUAGCUGUGAUGGUAAACAGACGCUAACUAGUCCUUUGACCCGUUAACCUGACACAACAGAGGGGAUCUACUGGUCUGUUAAUGGCCUGAUGGCUGGUCACCUGGACCCGGGACUCGACCCCAGCCCCCGUCCCGAUGGAACCUACACCGAGUUAAUACAGUCACAGCGUUAAUCCACUGAAACGAGUCAGAAGCUUCUGAUGCUUCUUCAAACACCAGCUCCACGUCCUUUACACUGCAGGUGGCGUCUUUACCCGUCGGUAACAAUCCUGGUUUUGCCGCCCCAGGCGAUGGCUGAGGAGAAGACUCGAGCCGCUCUGGCCGUGAUGCUCCUCCUCGCCCUGAGUUUGUCCGGCGCUGACUUGUCGGCCGGGUCGGACUGCAGCCAGUCGCCCACAGAGGUGAACGCCCGGGUGGGUGUGGUGUCGGCGGUGGUGGACAGGCAGAGGGCGGAGCAGAGCCAGAGGAGACACCUGGAGGCUUUGUUCAGCAGAUAUGGAGAAAAUGGCACCAUCUCUCUGGACGGGUUGAAGCGUCUGCUGCAGAGCGUGGGGCUGGAUCGCGUCCGGACCGUGAUGGUGCAGCAUCACGAGCAGCUAGGACACGGUCACCACCACCAUCAUCACCACCCCCACCCCCAUCACCACGAAAGCCAUGACCACCAUCACCACUCUGGCCACAACCACUCGCGGCACCAGAAGCAUGUCCACGCCGAGCCCCCGCAGCCCGGGAAGUUCCCUCCGAGCGUGGAGAAUCCAGAGGGCACGCUGAGGAAGAAGGUGGAGAACACGGAGAACCAUCACAACCUGUACGACAAGAAGAGCACGGCGGCAGCUCAGGAGGUCGGCACCACGGCCGUGUACACUGCUCAGCUGGCCCUGAAGCAAGGCAGCAGCCUGGACCGGACCAGUCCACCAGCCACCGGAGCUGCCGCCAGGCGGGGAACCGACAACCACACACAAGCAGCUGCACCCAGUGACCAGGAUCCAGAGUAUGAUCAAGGUCACGUCAAUGGAAACCACAGCCAGGAGACUGUUGAGUGCCUGAACGUGUCCAGUGUCCUCUCCUCACAUGGGAUGUCUCAGGGGGGGGGUGUGACCCUCGGAGACUUCAGCUACCUCUGCCCCGCCCUCCUCAACCAGAUCGACUCUGGAGCGUGCAUCGUGCACGGAGAGGACACCACACAUGGAGACACAGACCAUAAACAUCAUAAACAUGCUCACAGUCACCAUGGCGACCACAACCAGUCAGACCACAGCGAGCGCACGGCCGGAGAAACCAGCAAGAGCAUCACAACCGCGUGGGUGGGGGGGCUGGUCUCCAUCACCAUCAUCAGCCUGCUCUCCCUCCUCGGCGUCCUGCUCAUCCCGCUCAUGAACAGAGAUUUCUUCAAGUUCCUCCUCAGCUUCCUGGUGGCGCUGGCGGUCGGCACGCUGAGCGGCGACGCCUUCCUUCAUCUCAUCCCCCACUCUCAGGGAGGACACCACCACCACCAUGAGGACUCUGGGACGGACGUGGAGGGACCUGACCACCACGAGGAGAACAUGGACGCCGUGUGGAAGGGCCUGACGGCUCUGGGUGGAGUCUACUUCAUGUUUCUGAUCGAGCACUUCCUGACGCUGGGAAAAAUGUACAAGGACAAGAAACAGAAGGUCCAGAAGAAGUGGGAUCAGAACGACAAAGCCGACCCGGAGAAGCAGCUGGCGCUGGGGGAGACCGACCUGAAGCCCCUGGAGGAUGUGGAGACUAACGGUGCCGGUGCGUUCGGGGACCACGCCAGCAGCCUGCACGGCGGCAGCGUGGCGGAGGAGGAGCAGGUGAUGUUGGCGCCGCAGGUCUCCGUGGUGUCGCCGCAGGACUACGGCCGGGAGUCGGGCGCCGCCGCCGCCUACACGGACGAGGACUGCGAGAACAAGUGCCACUCCCACUUCCAUGACACUGUGGGCCAGGUCGACAGCAAGCACCACCACCACCACGACUACCACCACAUCCUGCACCACCACCACUCGCAGAACCACCACCCACACAGCCACUCCCACUCGUACUCAGAGCAGCACUUCCAGCAGGCCGGCGUGGCCUCGCUCGCCUGGAUGGUCAUCAUGGGAGACGGCCUGCACAACUUCAGUGACGGCCUGGCUAUCGGGGCUGCGUUCACCGAGGGUCUGUCCAGCGGCCUCAGCACGUCGGUGGCUGUUUUCUGUCACGAGCUUCCUCACGAGUUGGGUGACUUUGCGGU